CAAAAAAUGAGUUUUCAUCGCAAAGAGUUAAAACCGCUUAAACUUAUUAUAUAUGGGCCGCCGGCAUCUGGAAAGACUAAAUUGGCGGAACGAAUAUGUCGCCGUUAUGGAGCUCAUUAUAUAUCAGUUAAAACAAUGAUAGAUGAAACAUUGGAAGAUCUAAAAGCACGCAUUACAAAAGAGACUGAAAAGCUUUUACCAAAACAUAGCAAAGAACAAGACACGGAAACUACGGACGAUGAAGACCAAGAAUUUCCAGGAGAAGAGGAAGAAGAAGAAGAAAUAAAAGCUAUAAUAGAAGAUCUACAAGAACAAAUUAGGUACAUUACUAGUACUAUGCAAAGAGGCGUUUCUCGUAAACUACCAGACGAGGUUGUAGUGCGACUGAUGAAGGCAUUUUUGGCUAACGAGGUGUGCCAAUCUCGUGGAUACGUUCUUGAUGGAUACCCUAAAACUUUUGAGCAGGCGAAGGAGUUAUUUGGUCAAGUUGCUGACAGUAGACGUAGAGAAGAGAUUCCUAAGGGUAUUACGGGUGAAGGAGGUAUUCCUGGAGAAGGUGAACAGCUAGGACAUGCUUUAGGAAACGCCAAUGAACAAAUAAUGCCUAAUUAUGUAAUAAGUCUCGAAGCCUCAGAUGAGUUUUUAUGUGAAAGGGUUAUGAAACUUCCUCAAAAAUUAAUUAGGGGUACACAUUAUGAUGAAGUGGGUAUGUUAAAGAGACUGGCGGCAUUUCGAGAAUAUGACUCACGGGAAAAUACUGUACUUACAUUUUUUGAUGAAGCCAAUAUUCACCCAAUACUAAUAAAAAUUUAUGAUGAAGAUACUGACGAGCCGUUGAGUUUGGAUAGUAUUUUUGAUUUUGUGUAUAAAAUAUUUGGGGAACCAAUACCAGGUUUUGGUUUAACGUUGGAAGAAGAAGCCGAACUUAGAAAGCUAGAGCUCGAACAGUUAAAGCUAUUGGAAGAAGGUGAACGUUUAGAACGCCAGGUUAUGGAGAAAAAAGCUAAAAAAGAAUACGAAGAUAAAAUGGAGAGAUGGACUGAAACUUUAGAGAAAUUGCAAAUAGAAGAAGAAAAGCUGUUAGCGGCUCAGAGUGAGCCUUUAAGAUUUUAUUUAAUGAAGUAUAUAUUUCCAACUUUGUCCAAAGGACUGAUCGAAGUAGCGAAAGUGAAGCCUGACGAUCCAGUUGAUUUUUUGGCUGAGUAUUUAUUCAAAGAAAAUCCAGAAGGCAAAAUGUUCGAUCCGUCAUACACUCGUGAAGGAGAGAGAAUUUUACAACAAUAUCAAGAAGAAGUCCAAGAAACAAUAGAUGAAGCUGAUAAGUAAAUAGUACAAUUUGUUAUAUUUUGCAAUCUUUGAAUUUAAAAGUGUUAUUGUAAAUUUGUUUUGC